AAAUGGGGAACGGACAUGGUUUGGUUACGCUGCUCCUCGGGGCGAUCCUGAUGGGAGCAUCCUCUUUCGUACAAGGCAACUCCUCAAAGCACGUUGUCUGCUACCAGGGCACUUGGUCCGUUUAUCGACCUGGUCUGGGCAAGUUCGGCGUGGAGGAUAUCGAUCCGUUCCUGUGCACCCACCUUAUCUACGCCUUCCUGGGCAUUGAGGAGACGGGUCAGCUGCGGGUGAUUGACGCUUACUUGGACCUCGAGGAUAACAGUGGACGCGGCAAUAUUAAAAGCUUCAACGCUCUUAAACUAAAGAAUCCCGUGCUAAAGACUUUGGUGGCCGUGGGUGGUUGGAACGAGGGUUCCAAAAAGUUCUCUGUUGUGGCCCGAGAUCCUUUGAAGCGAGCAAAGUUCGUAGACGAUGUGGUCAGGUUCUUGCAGCGCCAUGGUUUCGACGGCCUAGAUCUGGACUGGGAGUAUCCCAACCAGCGUCACAGUCUGGAGAACGAGGAUCGCUCUAACUACAUUACAUUUUUGAAGGAGCUGAAAGAGGGACUGGAACCCUUUAGCUUUAUGCUCAGUGCCGCUGUAGGAUCCGCCCAGUUCUCCGCUGAAUUAUCCUACGACAUUCCGGCCAUUGUUCCGUAUCUGGACCUCAUCAAUGUGAUGGCCUAUGACCUGCACGGUCCUUGGGACGAGGUAGUGGGCAUCAACGCCCCUUUGUAUGCCGCUGCUGGUGAUGCCAGCGAUUCCACCGGCCGAAUGCAGCAACUAAACGUGGACGCCAUAGUUAAGUACUGGCUGCUGGCAGGUGCUCCGCCAGAGAAACUGGUCGUAGGAGUUCCCUUUUACGGGCGCACCUUCACCUUGACCACUCCCGAUGGAAAUCAGCCAGGAUCUCCGCAUAUCGGAAAGGGAAUUGCGGGGAAGUACUCCCGCGAACCGGGUGUCCUGGGCUACAACGAGCUCUGCGAGCUGAUGCAGCAGGAGGAGUGGACCCAGAAGUGGGAGUCGGCACAACAAGUGCCCUAUGCUUUCCGGCAGCGCCAGUGGGUGGGCUACGAGGACACGCGUAGCCUGUCGCUCAAGGCGCAGUAUGUGAUGGACCACCAUUUGGGAGGCAUUAUGAUCUGGUCCCUGGAGUCGGACGACUUCCGCGGAACAUGUGGCCAGCAGAGAUAUCCCCUGCUGCACGAGAUCAACCGCGUGCUCUUCGGCGCCAACACUCCCACUGGUUUGACCCAGGAGUCGAGCGAUGACAAGCCCAGUGAGGGGUUCCGCUGUCCAGCUGGAGCUCCUGAGGGAUAUGUUCGCGACCCGGACGACUGCACGAAGUUUUACUACUGCAGUGGGGGCAACACCCACAGUUUUAACUGUCCUGUUGGACUGAAUUUUGACCUAAGCACAAAAAGCUGCGAUUACUCCAGCUCAGUAAAAUGCUAGCCUUUGUUUUUCUAA